CCAGAUGGAAGGAGUUGAAAGAAGGCCAACAACAGGGAAAGUAAGAUGAAGUGCUCAGUAGGCCAAGUGACGGCCUUGUUGAAGAGCAACAAGCCCUAUCUGGGAGUCCUAUUCAUCCAGUUCGUCAUCGCCGGCAGGUCCUUGUUUAACAAGGCCGCCAUUUCGAAGGGCAUGAACCCUUACGUUUUCGUGGCCUAUCGCCAAGCCUUUGCAUCUGUUGUCUUGGCUCCAUUCGCCAUCUUCUUUGAGAGCCACCAGUCUGCCUCACUGUCAUUCAACUUGCUCUGCAAGAUCUUCUUCGUUUCUUUAUUUGGGAUCACAGUGAGCUUCGAUCUGAACUCUCUGUCGAUGGACUACGUGUCGGCGACAUUCACGGUGGCCAUCAGCAACACUGUUCCGGCCAUCACCUUCAUCAUGGCUCUCCUCUUAAGGAUGGAGUGCAUUGCCAUAAGGGAAUGGCAUGGAGUGGCCAAGCUUGUGGGAUCCAUAGUGAGCCUUGGGGGUGCCAUGGUCUUCAUCUUGAUUAAAGGCCCUCCAAUUUAUUCACUGGGCAGCCGCCACAAGGAGCUUUCAUCGGCAGCGCCAUCUCCAUCUAAUAAUUCAGAGUCCUACUACUCCAGAGGAGACUGGCUAAAGGGCUCUCUUACCUGUGUCACUUCCAACAUUGGUCUCUCUUUUUGGACAAUCAUGCAGGGUCCUCUAACGAAACAAUAUCCUGCAAUACUGCGACUGACGGCGUUGCAGACCUUCUUCAGCUGCAUACAGUCAGUGGUUUGGGCGGCGGCCGCGGAGAGAAACAUAUCGUCGUGGAAGCUUGGCUGGGAUAUUAAUCUUCUCUCAGUCAUCUUCUGUGGGGUAGUGGCCACAGGGAUCAGUUACUGGUUGAGAAUAUGGGUGAUAAACAAGAAGGGCCCAGUGUUUCUUGCUAUGUUCACUCCAUUGACGCUUCCCAUUACAGCUUUCUUAUCUGCCGUCUUGUGGAAGGAAUCCCUGCAUUGGGGAAGUCUAUGUGGAGCUCUGUUGCUGGUUGGAGGGCUCUAUGGCUACCUGUGGGGCAGACACCAAGAAGCGAAAGUAGAGAAGGAAGAAAAAAAGCCUGCAGAAACCACCCAAGAAACUGUGUGAGAGUCGUUUAAACACAUCAUCGGCAACUAAUUCAAUUGCUGGUUGGGUUGUCUGGUCUUUGUUUGGUUACGGAGAAAAUGGGGGAAAAUUAACUUUGUCUUUCUUUGA